AUGCCGCCCAGUACAUUAAAUGUAAACAUUACAGUCCUUCCUUCAGGUGUGUUAUCAUUAUUUGAUGAACCCUUUUAUGAAUUAGUUCGUAAAUUAGCUGGUCCUGUUAAAGCCAAAUUGCUUGAAGUGCAAGGUAUUCGUAGUGCUUAUUCAUUAAUCCAUACUGAAGACAUAUUUGAUAUAUUAAAGUAUGCAUGCAAAGCAUUGGAUGAAAUUAAAAGAAAAGUUUGUCUUUUACUGAAUGAUAAUCGGUAUAUUGUUAAACCUGACUGUAAAAGUAAUAUGCGUUACUUUACUCAAUUACUCAAUUUGAAGAAUCAAGAGCAUUUGAAAUCAAGUGGUCUUCGAAUGAAAUCAAAAAACAAGCCGAAUGAUACUGACAAUAUUGGUUCAUCAAUAUCUCAAUCACCAGCACAAGUUCUUUCAUCUAUCUUCACCAUUAUCACCAAAGCACGGCAACACAAACAACAGGUUAGCAUAUGA